AUGUUGUUUCUUAUUAUAGUGGCAGUUCUUUUAUUAUGUUUACUAGCCUAUUAUGAUACCAAGAAACCUAAAAAUUUUCCACCGGGCCCAAAGUGGUGGCCAAUUCUCGGGUCCGCCCCUCAAAUAGCAAGCAUUCAGAAACGCACAAAUCAUUUUGUGUAUGCAACGUCAGAAUUAGCCAAAAAAUAUGGUCCAAUUUUGGGACUAAAAGUUGGUACAGAAGUUAUUGUUAUCGUUAACGGAUAUGCAGCAAAUAAGGAGUUCUUAUUGUCUGAGGAUCUUUCAGGUCGACCAAUUGGAGAAUUCUUCGAUAAAAGAACAUGGGGAAAACGAAGAGGAAUUCUUUUGGUUGACCAACAUUUUUGGCAAGAACAGCGAAGAUUUUUUCUAAAACAAUUAAGGGAAUUUGGAUUUGGCACCAAAAGCAUGUCUAUGUCGAUCGAAGAAGAAGCACAAGAGUUAGUUCAAUAUAUUUUAAGAACCAUAAACCAAAACGAUUCCGUCGUAUUUAAUGUUCAUAACAUGUUUAAUUUACACAUUUUAAAUUGUUUAUGGAAAAUGCUGGCGGGAGUAAGAUAUAUGGCAGAAGAUGCAAAAAUGAGGGAACUUCAGUCGAUUUUAAACGAAUUAUUUCAAGCUGUAUCUAUGGUGGGUGCUACUUUUAGUCACUUUCCAAUUCUUAAGUAUAUAGCACCUGAAAAGUCUGGGUAUAAUGUGUAUGUGAAGAAUCAUAAAUUGAUUUGGGAUUUUAUUCGAAAAGAAAUUGCAUACCAUAAAAAUACUCAUAAUCCCCACUCUCCGCGAGAUGUUAUGGAUGUUUAUUUAAAUGUUCUGAAGUCAGAAGAUGGAAAAUCAGUAGGGGAAAGUUUUUCUGAAGACCAACUUGUAGCAACGUGCAUGGAUAUGUUUAUGGCUGGUUCCGAAACUACAAGUAAUACACUGAGUUUUGCAGUACUAUAUUUAAUACUGUAUCCAGAAGUUCAAAAAAAAGCUCAAGCAGAAAUAGAUUGUGUAAUUGGUAAAUGGAGAACGCCAUGUCUAGCUGAUCGACCAAGGAUGCCGUAUCUAGAAUGCGUUGUGCUGGAGUCACUGAGAAUGUUUGGAGGCAGAGCUUUUACAGUACCACAUCGAGCUUUAAGAGAUACCUAUUUAUGUGGACAUCGAAUACCAAAGGAUGUGUUGGUUAUAGCCAAUCUCUAUGGAUGUAUGUUAGAAGAGGGAUGUGAAUACGAGAAUCCAGACGUAUUUAAACCAGAACGUUUCUUAGAAAACGGAAAAAUAUUUCUGCCGGAUAGUUUUAUACCAUUUGGCAUUGGAAAGCAUCGAUGUUUGGGAGAAUCUUUAGCUAGAGCUAAUGUAUUUAUAUUUUUGGCAGUUCUUUUGCAGAAUUUUGAUCUUAAUAUAUGUCCUGAACAUCCGCCUACGACCGAAUGGAUUGAUGGUGUGACUCCAGGACCGAAACCUUUUAAAGCUCUAAUAACACCUAGAAAAAUAUAA